CUGACGUGGAUCGAGGAGAGCGGUGGUGCUUUCAAGAAGAUGAAGCAGAACGAAAACGAACAGCAGGACGAUCCGUCCUCGACAAGAAGCGUGAUUUCCACGCACUCAAAGUCACCAGCCCAGCAGACACCUGAUCCUGACUCAAAUCAGAGCAGCAGUCUCGACGACGUCGUGGUCCACCGUUCUUCUUGGCAUACAGCUACAGCCGGUUCAUCUCAAGAUGGAACUAAGCGACGUAAGCCUUUCACAAUUGGGCCCACCUUUGAGAAAAAAGCUAUUUCCGGUUCUUGUUGCGAUGCGCAAAGGAAAAGCGUCAGAGGAACGAAGACGCCGACGGUGAGGGACGUCGUACACCAGGACAAGGACACCGCUUCCUCCACUGUCCCUGCUCACCGCGAAGUGUCCAGCCCGAGGACAUUUCGAGACGACCAUCAACAUGAAUUUCGCACACACGCUUUUGUAUUGGAUUUGCGAACAAUAUGAGAGUGCACAACGACCCCACUUCCCUCUCAUUUGAAGGGCAUGUAGUUGCGCAGUAACGCAAGCAUAAGCAACGGCAGAAAUAAUUUUGCCUCCGCAUACCAGAUCAAAAUCUGCACUUCCCUUUGACGAGGUUUCAUCAAAAUUUGUCACGCACUCAGUGCUUCAAGAACUAGAACGCGCCAUUGAUACACAAAAAGUGGGUUUGGUGUUUUGCAUAUCCAAAUGAACAAGGGGGGCAGGGGACGAGUUGUGCUCUCUCAUAAACAAGACGCUGCGGGGGGGAAGAUGAGGCCAAUAAGAUGACAAACCGCAACGCCCCUGUGGAGGAAAAAAUGUCCAGCCCGACGAGCACCAGCGAAGAUGGUGUGUGCGCAUCAGCGAAGAAGAUCCGACAAGAAAUAACAAUCCACCCCUUCGAUUCUUGGGGUCCGCCAACUGACGUGACAAUAACGGAAGGGUCCACCCACGUCCAGCUCGAUUUUUUGGACUUUCGAGAGCUUCUGAACGCGCAGUGGGUUUCACCUGUUCCUCCACUAGAGAAAAAACACGCGCAACAAGCUGCCCCGAUCGGUUCGCAAGGCUCAUCCGACGGAAAGACCGAUAAGAACAAUGGCGCAGCUACCACGUUGUCUUCGACGGGAGGCUGUGACAAACAGAGACUGUCCGCGAACAAACAACGCACCAAAAACCACACUGCACAGCAGGCAAACUCAUCAAGUGAAUAUCGUGGGCCCAACGGUAUGACUCCUUCGCAAUCUUCGCAGACGCCCCAGGUGGAACAAAAAGAGCAGCACUCAUCGUCUAGCGAAAGAACGAGCACGACCUUCGUCGGUUUCUGUUCGCAAGCAUACACAGUGGCAAAAUUCAACGUAAUCGCCGAUAUGCUCGGGCAAGAAAACACCCCACUAGAGGACGUUGUGCAAGUCUGGUAUUCUUCAAUCUGGACUCGAUAUGGGCCGCUAUAGCUGGUGCAAUGUCAGCGAGCAUGCGCCCUCCAAGACUUUGGCGCAUAAUUUGCAGCUGAUAAGAUGUGGAUGAUAUUGUGAGCAAAACGCACAACGAACUGUUGCAGAGAGAAGUGGUAUAUGCCUAUGUCUAAAAGUAACAUCCGCUUGCGUUUGGCCAUUUGUUGCAUUGUUCGUGCUCCGCUUGUUUGUGUGAUGUGUAUUGGCGCAAAUCAGCAUCGUUGACGGGUGGCGCUGACAUUGAUAUUGCAGCUUUCUCUUUCAUACUCGUUCUUGCCUUCGCAACUUUUUUGCCUCGUGCGUUAACGUGCUAGAAAGGGCAGCAGAGUCGGCAAAAACGCUCUCCCCACUGCAACUCGGCGACAGCAAGCUAGAGGCGAAGUAUCUGAAAAUCUGGGCUCACGUCGCCGGUGCCUGGGCAGAGGCAGACGAAAUCAAAAAGAGCGGGACAUCAGCUACAAUUCCCACGUGCGAGAUAAAUCCUGGCGACGAUUCUGAGCUGCCACUUACUGUCACCGCUGUUGUCGAGCGCUUAUCAAAUACAAAUAGAAUAAAAGCACCGCAUAUUGGCAUCGCGAGAAGUAACCAAAAUAAGAAAUCGAUUUCUAUAAGCAGCCUGCCGGCUGUAUGUAUAUCCAGAGACGACAUGGCCUCAUGCAGGAGGGCUUCCCCCAGAAGCAACAUCUGGUCGCGCUUCUCCUUCAGCGCAUUCAUGGUACGUAUUUUCUUUGCAAACAAAAUGGGAAAAGCAAAAGAUGAGGAAAAACAAAAAGGAACUUCGGCUCCUUUCAAUCAUGUAUAAAAAUAAAUAUGUAAGUGCCAUUAAUAAGUGCUAAUAUCGCAUUGAGCUGUUGAAUGAUGCGGUAUUGCUAGUAUCUGUGCGACGAGUAACUUUUUGUUAUGGGCCAAGAAAUGCGGUGGCUUUCGAACAGGAUACUUGCAUGAUAAACACGCCCUCAAGAUGAAGGAUCCAAAGUGGAUACCGAAACCCGGAGUAGAUGUUACCUCGUGGCGAAACUUCGAGCCCGUCUGCUGCUUCAGUCUGAAGGUUGAUCGGGUGGCGCUUAUAGAGUAUCUUUUCACCGGGAAGCUAAUUCCAGCUGGGCCUGCGUGUUCGCGUUCGAAUGUAGUAACUUCAUCAGUAGAGAAGCCGGGCCAGCAGGCGGGGGGACGAGCUACCGCACCAUCUUUGAAAGCUGCAAGUAGAGAAAAUCAAAAUGACAGCAUCUUUCACUCAGGGGACGAAGCUGAAAAAGCAGACGCUGAGGCGCCGGGAAAUGCAGACUACGCUAGCGCACAUAAUAGCCCUCUAGCAGCUUCUGCGGGUGCACGUUCCGCAGCAACUUCUGACUUCUGCCCCGCGCUCCCUGUAAAACAGAGAAAUAGCAGAGAAAAUCAAAAUCGGGUGCAAACAACAAGUAAUCGGAAAAUGAAUAAGAGUAAGCGCAAUAAGAGAAAAAUCCAGCUUGGCAAAACCGAAACGGAAGCUCUCCCACCCGAAGACUUCAGUACCGACGUCGGCAACGUUACGAUGUGGCACAACUGCAUUGACCCCGACCAACUCCUACCCGGAGAGGUCUGCCCCUGCCUUCCAGGGGAGCUGCACGCGUUGGCGUGCAUGUCACUGGAGGAGUAUCUCGAGCAGUUGGAUAUCCACGUCUCGGAGCACGACGGACUCGCGCCGGGUUAUACGCACAACAGCGGCGAUGUGGUACAGCUAUUCCUCGCCCGGACGAUGCGGAAGUUAGCGGAGGUCCGCGAGCUCUUGUUGGCACGAAAGCUCACCAUCGAACUGAGACACCAGAGAGUCUCGAUCAGCGCGGAGUGGGAGGCGGACGAUUCAGCCGGCGGCCAAAGGGCGCUAGUAGACGAAAUUGCAGCGCUCCGACCUGCGAGCAUCUCGUGGGGGGUCGAGCUGGACAAUUGCAACAUGAACUUGAAAGCGUUCCACGCUCUGGCCAGGCGAGUGAGUUCUUGUAGCACUACGCCUAUGUCAUCUUCGCGACGAGGACCACGACCAGCUGCGACCCCGAGCAAAACAGUUGAUGAAGAUCAUGAAUCGAGUUCGAGCCACACUAAAAGAUGCGCGAAGGCAGCCACCUCGUCCAGAACGCGACACUACGGGUGCAGUAGAUGGCUCUGGAGCUAUGAGACGGUGGGUAGUAAACUUCUUGACUUCGCACUUGAACCCGACUACUGCGGUGCGCCGGCCUUUUCGCAACACGUUUGCGCGCUCGCGGGUGGGGACCUCGACAAGAGCAGCAACUCCGGCUCUCCUGCCCCUGCCGCAAGAGACCCUGGGCUACUUGACAGCCAAUCUACCGGCACCGCUGCAGGAGGCCUGACGGCAGAUGAAGACAACAUGCUAGGGCGUGCACAAAAGUAUCGCAACCGCAAGCGUGUCACUUGCGGCCACUUCUCAUACAGCUUUGCAGCUUCACCUUGUGUCGUGGUCCACGGCCGACAUGAUGAUCAUGAUGACCUAACAAGGUGCAAGCAUUUAGUACACCUGAAGAGUGAUUGCGUUUCACGUGCAUAGAAAAAACUCAUCAAGUUCGUUUCUAGUCCCCGCGCAGCUGCAAGCGCACGAAAAAGAUGUAGAUACUGAUACUUUUGCUUCGCAUACCUGGCAGCUCUUUCACCUGCUAAAAACUGGCGCGUGCGCCGGGUGCUUGCGGAACUUUUCGAGGAACGCAGCCCCACGAGGAUGGCACUGUCUCGCACGCGGAACCCCUUCUGGAAGGGGCCGGAUGAUGAAGAGAAUCCUGAAUUCUACUCCACGGACGCACUGCUCGACAAUAAUCCGCUGCGAGUACCAGCUACAGAGCAGGCCAACCACCUGCUGCAGACGUUUGCCUGCGAAGUGUGGGUCCAGCACUUCGAAAAGCAAGGGAACGACAACAAUGCGGACCAGGGUCAGGAAUAUCAAGAAUUGUGUGCAGGAGCCGGGACUGGUGGAACACGUUGCCGCGCGACAACGAAAGGCAUUCAGCUUCUGUCACCGCUCGCGAACCGUUUUUCUCCGUGGUGUUGGAGUGCGCAGCCUCUACAUGUCGAAUGGGAGUAUGAAUAAUCUUCAUGCCGAACCCGAAACAAAAAACUUGCAUAGAAAGCUGGAAAUUUAGCAUAGCAAAAUCCUCAUUCAGUUUUUACCAACUUGAUCCGAGCUCAUCGCAAGAAAUCGCACAACUAGUUCCGCCAAUAAUACGCAUCAUGAUCAUGUUGUGGUACCAUCCCGCCGAAUCGAAAAAACCAUGGAAUCGUCCAGAUGAUGAUCGAGCACAACAGGAAAAUUUCACUUAUUUCCUAGUAGCAUGACGACGAGCAGGAUGACAGGAGAUUAACAAAGCGAUGAAAUUACCCACCAC